AUGUAUUCCCAGCGUCCUUUAUCCUAUGCGCCAACACCAUAUAGCUACACUCCAGACCCGGCGCGGUCGGCCUCGAUCAAUCUUGACGAAGAGGUCAAAUUGGUCUCAAGCUCAGGAGAACGUGACCUUUACGAAUCUCUCGCUGAGAUUUACAGCAUUAUCAUAACCCUCGAUGGGCUCGAAAAAGCCUACAUCAAAGAUGUCGUUACCGAGGCGGAGUACACUGAGACAUGCACCCGACUCCUGAAACAGUACAAGUCCAGCCUGGGCGAUGAGACCGUCGCACGGGAAUUCGUUGAUUUAGAAUCAUUUAAGCGGACAUGGGGUCUGGAAUGUCCCCGAGCUACCGAGCGAUUACGAAUCGGUCUCCCCGCGACCGUUGAACAGGCUUCACACAAUGCACCCAAUUCGGGAGGUGGCGCAACAGGAGGAUCAGGAGGUGGCGCAUCAGGCAGUUUGAUCCUGACUGCGACGGAGAACUUCAUCACAUUCCUCGACGCUUUGAAGCUGAACAUGGUAUCGAAGGAUGCGCUGCACCCUCUGCUCUCGGAAGUCAUUCAAUCCGUGAACAAAGUGACAGAUGGUGAAUUUGAGAACCGAGGAAAGAUUAUACAAUGGUUGAUUGCCUUGAAUCAAAUGCGGGCCACGGAAGAGUUGAGUGAGGACCAGGCACGAGAGCUGGCUUUUGAUAUCGAACAAGCUUAUCAGGGCUUCAAGGCGACAUUGAAUUAA